GCUGCUCUUUACCAAUUCAACAUCCUUUCUACAGUACCAUCCUAAGGCAGCGCUCAAUCAACAUCCGACCAAACAGAUCGCAUUGUCACGUCCGCUCCACCUAUAACAACAAUGUUUGGCCCCAGAAACGGGGCUAGCAACACCAGUCGCCCAGCGUCCUCCCUCGCUAAUCAUCCCAAGCCGAUAGCUCACCACGGUAGGGACAGACCAACCGAGACUGAACCUGCCACACUCCGCAGGAGGAUAUCAUCCGAAUCUAUUUCCUCAAUCGGAUCUGCCAGUGCGCAGGGAGCCGCAGCCAAGUCAGCGAUGGCUCCGCAUCCUCCUCCUCAACACCCGCCAAUGUCCAGAGGAAAUAUCGGACAGCAACACAACAGUAACGCGCCCAUUGCAAACAAGGAACUCAAUAUCCAGGUCGUCGUCAGGAUCAGAGCACGAAGCGAGCGAGAGGUCCGAGAGAACUCACCGGUGGCUGUGCAAACGCAGAACAAGGAGAUUCUCGUUCCCUCGACAUUGGGCGACAGGGCACCGUCAAAAUCCUACAGCUUUGAUCGCGUCUUCAUGUACUCGGACCAGGAGUGCAUCUACAAUGAGGUCGUUACACCCAUCCUGGACGAAGUCUUAACCGGCUACAAUUGCACAAUCUUUGCCUAUGGACAGACAGGAACCGGCAAGACGUUCACUAUGGAGGGUGAUCUUCGGGAUAAUUUUGGAGAAUGUUCACGGGACGCAGGAAUAAUUCCUAGAACACUCUACACGCUAUUUGCCGCAUUAGAGAGAAAAAACACGGAAUACACGGUCCGCGUGUCUUUCCUGGAGCUAUACAACGAGGAAGUCAAGGAUCUCUUGGUUCCGGACGAUGAUCGGAAGGUGGUCAAGAUUUUUGACAGCGUCAAAAAGCAGGGUCCCUUGGUACAAGGUCUGGAAGAAGUCCCCGUCUUCAACCCUGGCCAAGGAAUCGAUGCUCUGAGGAAAGGGAGUGCCAAACGCACCGUGGCUGCGACAAAGAGCAACGACAAGUCGAGUCGAUCCCAUGGAGUGUUUUCAAUCACGGUGCAUGUCAAAGAGACUGCGGACGAUGGCGAGGAGCUGUUAAAGAUCGGCAAGCUGAACUUAGUCGACCUUGCUGGAUCCGAAAAUAUCGCACGCUCUGGAGCUGAAGCAACACAGGCAAAGGAGGCAGGAAGGAUAAACCAGAGUCUGCUAACCCUCGGACGAGUCAUCAAUUCCUUAGUGGAGAGGUCUCAACACAUCCCAUACAGAGAGAGUAAAUUGACUAGACUGCUGGAGGACUCUUUGGGCGGCAAGACAAAGACAUGCAUUAUUGCCACCAUCUCGCCUGCACGCUCUUGCUUGGAGGAAACAAUCAGCACCCUCAACUAUGCAAACCGAGCCAAGAACAUCAAGAACACACCUGAGAUCAACCAGAAAAUGUCCAAGCGAACACUCAUUAAGGAAUACCUGGUAGAGAUUGACCGCCUCAAGGCUGAUCUUAACGCCACACGCGAAAAGAAUGGCGUGUUUAUGACACAGGAGUCGUAUCAGACGCUUCUUGAUGAGAACUCCAGCAACAAGGAUCUUGUUGGCGAGACACAGAAACAUGUCGACCGGAUUUCUCAAGAGUUGGAACGUGUCGAGGAGAAGUUUAGGGAAAACAUGAAGCUUCUUUCAGCAACAGAGAUGAAAUUAGAGAGCAAACGUGUAGAGCUGUUGGGGAUUCGAGAAGAGCUGGAAAAAACAAAGCAGGUUCUGCAGGAGGAGACGCUUUUGCGGCAGGCCCAUGCCCAUACCGAGGAUCAGCUGAACUCGGUUGCUUCAGGACUUCGCUCAACUCUUGCUGCAAGCGUCAAGGAUAUCAGAGGCUUACAUGAGAAAUUGGAGAGGAAGAACAUGAUCGAACGUGAGAACCGACGUGCCCUAGUCGAGUUCCAGGAAAGGCUGAUGGCUCUUUCGGGCGAACUUGGGGAGCGAAUUCAGGGCUUUGGAUCAAAUCAGACUGGUUUUCUGGACAUGGUCACGGAGAGAUUGGACAAGGCGUUCAAGGAGGCAACAUACGGGGCGGAGAGUGCGCAGACUUUUUUGAAUGAUCAGCUGGAGCGCAUGUCUAAAGCUAUGGACAACUUCAGUGCAUUGGAUAUCAACACUUCAGACAGAGCGUUGGUGUUUAGGCGCGAAUUCGAAGCCCUUCGCCUGGAGAUAACGGAAUUCCUCAAGUCGCGAGCGGAAAUAUCAAAGUCGAAUGCACUAGAGGGCUUUAGCGGCCUGAAGGCGGCCUUGAUGGAGUUCAAUGGCUUGGUCGAUAAGCAGCAGGAGGCCAUGACGACAAGGGUGCUUGGGUUAGUUGACGAGUCGACCAAAUUCUCGCGGGACAGUAUCAGCCGACACCAACUUGCGUUGGACUCUUGCCAAAAAGCGACAUCUGCCGAGAUCGAAUUCCUGACACUGCAGAAUCUAACUUUGCGGCAGCAGCUGAAGGACCAAGAGGCAAGGAGGGACGAGCAGAAGAAUGCGCUCUUAUCAGAGAUCGGAGGUCUGCUGGAUAGCUUCCUAAGGGAUCAAACCAGUGUUGUGAUGAGUCACUUUACAGGCGCAUGUGAGGCAUUGGAGGGCUCGACCUCGCGAUUGAACACCGCUCACUCGGAGCAGCGUGAUUGGGUUACGCAGUUCGAACGGCUUGGAGCACAGCGCAUUCAGGAACUCAUCGAUACGCGUGGCGCGUUUGAGAAAGAGGGCGUUGAGGGCAGAGCAAUGAUCGCCCGCGACGGGGAGGGAAUGAUCACCAGAUCAGACGCCCUCCGAUCCAGCAUCGAAGUCGAUUUGCAGUCGCAACAGGAGUUCAUGCAAACGAGGAUGUUUGAGAUGAAUACCAAGGCAAUCGGCGGCCUCGAGCAAAUGCAGUCGCAACAAACUGCUCUGGCUGAGAUGUUCUCGCAGACCUCUAACCACUCUACUACGGCGCUUCAAGACCUGAAUACCCGGGCAAGGACGAUGAAUAUGAACAUGACAUCGGUCUACAACCGAACUUUGGACGAUAUGAACGCUGUCAAGGGCAAAACGCAGCUCUUUAGUUAUGAUGCCAGUCAUAACCUGGACUUAGCACGGGAAGAGAUGAAAAAUCUUGUGCCUCACCGGCUCAAGGUGGAUGACUCAACAGGAAGGACUCCUUCUCGCAGAAAGUACACCUAUCCGCAGACCUGGAGUCGCACAAGGCCAUCACAGGAUCUGUUGAAGGAGUUCAGGGAGCUUGGUCAAGUGAAGGUGUUUACGAUGGAUCAGCCAGUAGGUACUUUCGACCUUUCCGAAUCAGAUGAUUCUGCACCGGUUUCUCCCAGUCCCGGUCAAGGACCAGACUUGACCGACUUGAAUCUGUCAGGCUCAACAGUUGCGCAUAUUUCCCCGAGCGAUGCAGAUGAUUUACGCCACGAUACUGCUACAGUCAACAGCAGCGAACAGCGGCUCAAGGAUUCGGACCUAUUAGCUGCGGAUAUUCAAGACGAAUCGCUCUCUGGCCCAGCUUCGAGAAGAGCAUCCUUAUCUUCUACGAGACUAGAAGCUGAGAAAGAGAAGGAGAACAGUGCAAAGAUCCAGUCUACUGCCCUGGGCGCUGGAAACGCCUUGAGGCCCAUUCGACCUCCAGGCAAAUUUGGCCUCAAUUCAAUAACGGAUCUUGGAUUCCGUAGGAAGGUUGGAGCUGUACAGAGCGCGCCUGGAUUGUCUUCACUAUUGUCCAAGAGGUCCGCACCCGAGCUGGAGGACGAGGACGCCGAGGGCAACAACCAUACCAACAACCUGACCGACAUCAGUAAUAGCAUACACCCAACGCUUCCCAAUCCUUCCCAGGCAAAGACAAACGGGGCUACUCCUCCACCCUCAGUAGCAACAGCGCCAUCAGGACUCACAGCGUUUGGAACGGGAAAAUCGGGGAUGAUGAACAGCGCAGAGGGACCGCGUAAAGUUAUUCGAACUGCGCAUGUCAAACCUGUACGGCGGGGGUUCCCUUUUGGAGGCAAUAACAAGUCUUAGGAGAGACAAGGCAUCUCACGGUCGCCAGGCUAUCAUUUUUUAUUUCUGUUUUGUAUACUACAUACCCUCGACUUUAUCUACUUCGUAUCCGGUUCUGCAGCGCUAGACUAUUUCUCGUACAGCGACGGACAGGACCUGUAAAAAUAAUAACUUUUUCCACCUUGAAAAAGGAUUAUAUGGUAUCUCAUGAAUUGCUUAUUUGAUUUUUAGCCAGACAAGACAGCGAGCCGUUGACGAG